GAUGUGUGACGCGCACUCACUGCCGCACUGUACAGUCACAUGACAGGCAUUAUGGAGCUCGUCGCUGUCAAACUUUAAUCCGUUUUUUCUUUUAGACUAGAAAAGCGAUGGACAGAGCGGAAUUUUUGACGGCUUCUGAUUUCCAGUGAUAUGUCAGCUAAACCCCUGCGUCAUGUCUGUGGAUGGCCCCCGGACCUCUGUUUUCACCUUUCAGUCCGCUGUUCACAGCCAUCAUGUUCUUCGCUCGCUGGAGGAACUGAGACAGAAGGAGCUCUUGUGUGAUGUGACUGUUGAAGUGGAGCGCAGGAGCUUUCGAGCACACUCUUCUGUGCUGGCUUCCUGCAGCCACUAUUUUUACACCAGGCUGACAAACCACAGCCGACCAAACCUCACUGUCAGCUUACCGGAUGAGGUCACUGUGGAGGGAUUUGAGCCUCUUCUGCAGUUUGCCUACACUGCAAAACUUCACUUCACGAAAGAAAACAUCCUGGAGAUCCACAGAUGCGCCGAAUUUCUUGGAUUUCAAAACCUCGAUAAAGCCUGCUUUGAAUUCCUCAUCCCAAAGUUUUCUGAUGGUGGUGGAGCCUCAAAAAAAGUGAAGGGGAAAAGCAAGAGCCAAGAAUCCAGUAAGAAAUCCCAAGCCAUCUGCAGUCCUAGUGACCAAACCCCUAAAACUGGAGAAGAUGCUCAGGAUGCAGGAACAGUCAUGCAGGCUGCAUCUGCAACAUCCUCUGCAGAAAGUCCUAAAGAUUGCCCACCGAUCUCCAAUGGCAAAGAAAUGCAGUUAGAUUUAUCCCCGCUGUACACAAGAAGCUCUUCAUAUCACAUGGGUGAUGGCCAAGACCAGUUUUGCCUGCAGAACUGUGGCCCACAGUUGCCUUCCUCUUCUGUGGUGGCCGGUGAAGUGUGUCCUUUCCUGUCCACUUCGAGCACCAGUGAUAAUGAGAAACUGCAUUCGGCUGUAGCUGGCUGUGGUGGGGACAUUUUAGCAAUGGAGGAACAAUUCCAGAAGGAACUAGCAAUGGAGGUACGUUGUGAACCACCUACUGAUAAAGACCUGAACAUAGCCAGUAUCACCGAUGGCCACUUUGACCAACUUGAAGGGUCUCUAAUGCCGCCCACCAACUGCAGCCAACUAUGUCCUCUGAAUUCUGUGGAGUCAAGCGGGGUUUUGGACGGGAUUUCCAGCGCUCCAGACAUCAGUAGCAUUGGCACCGACGACAACCAGGUCUUUGAUUCCAACAAACAAACGUUCUCUGAACUGUCCCCCAAAGAUGGCUUCACCGAACGAAGCAUAGUGGAAAGGGAAGUGGCUGAGCAUCUCGCGAAGGGCUUUUGGCCGGAUUUGAGCUCCACGUUAAAUGAGCCACUACCUUUGGACUCUAUCGACCAGUCGUCUGCUGGAAACGGCUCGGACUUCCACUGGUUGAAGCAUCUGGAUCUGGGAGCUGCGCCCGAUGAUUGUCCCUUCCUGAGGGACCUGAGCUCCACUGACAGACAGACCUCCGGGGGACACACUCUGUCCAAUGAAGACACUGGAGACAGUUCCUGCAUGUCCCCAAUUAACUCCAGGGAAAACUCUGAGUGUGAAUCGGAUGGAGACUGUGCGCAAUGUGGUAGCAGUGAACCAGUGCAGGAGGUGGAUUUGCCAUUCCCUGUGGAGCAAAUUUCCAGCAUGACCAGGAGGGCAUUCCUGCAGAUGUUGAAACGCGAGAAACUGACCCCGGAACAGCUGGAGUUUGUUCAGGAUGUGAGACGGCGCAGUAAGAACCGCGUGGCUGCACAGCGCUGCCGCAAGAGGAAGCUAGACUGUAUCUACUGGCUGGAGGGAGACAUCAAGAAACUGAGGAGCGAGAAGGAGAAAUUACUGCAAGAUCGCAACCAGCUGAAGCUCAGCUUGGAGGAUGUGCGUCAGAACCUCUCGGGCCUGUGCCAGAACCUCUGUACGGACACCUCGCCGCAGUCCGAGCAGCUGCAAGUGCUGGCCAGGUACGUCUCCUCCGACUGUCCCACCUCCAUCCUCCUGACCCCCAUGGCUUCUCCUAGCCUGGCUGGCCCAGACCGGGACGUCCCUGCGAACACCUUUCUUCCAGACACUAGUCCUGAAGGAGACACAGUAGCACUCAGGUCGCCCGCUGCCUUCCUGAAAGACACCGCUCAGAGCGCUGUUACAGAUCCAGCUCCGUGAUGUACAACAGAGUAAAGCCGCUUGGAAUGGUCUGAUAUUUCAGUUUUACUCAGGAGCUUACCUUUCUGCUGCCGUCAGUUACACUUUUGAGCAUGACUUUCUUAUUAGGAGCACUUUCGUAAUGUUUCUAAGUAUGGAUGUGACUAAAUUUGCACUAUUACCAGGAGUUUCAUAUGGAAAUGCUACUAUGCCUUUCAUUCCUUGCAUAAGGGUCAUUCCUGUUACGCCACACAUUUUAAACUUUUGAACUCUUAAA